AUCGUGCUACACCGGAAUACGACUUAUGAAACGAAAAGCCCGCAUAACAGUACAUCUGAAAGGUGGCGCUUUAAGAACAAUACGAAGCCGCCAUCAAAUUGGGGGUGCAUAAUUUUUUGAAUCGGGCACAAUCUGCCCAUUAUAUACAGCAAUCAUGGUUGUUGGAAAGAGUUCGAAGAUGCUGCAGCACAUCAACUACCGGAUGCGCUGCAUGCUGCAGGACGGUAGAACAUUCGUUGGAACAUUCAAAGCCUUCGAUAAACACAUGAACCUCAUUCUUGGGGACUGUGAUGAGUUCAGGAAAGUCAAGCCUAAGUCUGCCAAGGCUGGCGAGAGGGAGGAGAAGAGAAGUCUGGGGUUGGUACUCCUGCGCGGUGAACACUUGGUCUCCAUGACCGUGGAAGGUCCACCUCCUUCAGAGGACGGCAUGUCCAGAGUGCCAUUGUCGGGUGCUGCCCCUGGUGCAGGUAUGGGCAGGGCGGCAGGUAGAGGUGUGCAGUCUGGUCCCGGGGGAGCUGCCCCUGGCCUUCAGGGUCCCGUACGUGGGGUUGGUGGACCCUCUCCACAGAUGAUGAAUCCACAACAAGCUGGUUUUCAAAUUGGUGUUCAAUAUGUUCCAGCAGGUAUGAUGCGAGGGGGUAUGAUGGGUCGAGGUGGCCCUCCCCCACCUGGUAUGAGGGGGCCACCACCAGGCAUGAUGAGGGGUCAAGGGCCAAGGUUUUAAAAAGUAUUUUAGCAUAUGACAUUUGACUGUUGAUAUGAAAGGAACAAAAUGCAACCCAGAAAGAUGAGAAACAUUCAAAGUAGUGCUGGAUUGAGAUAUCAGAAGUCUCGCUGAUUCAUAUGCUAGAGUCUACCAUUGUCCUACACUGGUUGGGUACAUUAAUCACUAAUCCAGCAUUGUUCUGGCAUGGGGAGAAUUCAACAGUGCACAUACAAGUUUAUUAUAUAGUCAAGCUGUCAAAAAUGUCCAAGCACCCCUGAUACCAAGAUGUGUACAUAGUGUUUAAUUGAUUGGAACUUCAUAAUUCAUAAAGGUCUGUCACUCACAUAUAUAAUAGUUAUGUUGAAUCGUUAUUUUCCCCAUCAUGUGAAUCGGUUUCCAUUGUUGUUUCAUUGUACAUUUUUUUUAUCCACUCAUUGUAAUAGUGACUAAAUAUGAUUAAACUUUCCUGAAAAAACAUCUUUGUUUUACUUGUUAUGCCCCCCCCCUGAAGAAGAGGGGGUAUAUUGCUUUGCUCAUGUCGGUCGGUCUGUCAGUCCGUCCACCAGGUGGUUGUCAGACGAUAACUCAAGAACGCUUUGGCCUAGGAUCAUGAAUCUUCAUAGGUACAUUGAUCAUGACUCGCAGAUGACCCCUAUUGAUUUUGAGGUCACUAGGUAAAAGGUCACGGUGACCUGAAAUAGUAAAAUGGUUUUUGAUAAUAACUCAAGAACGCAUACGCCUAGGAUCAUGAAACUUCAUGGGUAGAUUGAUCAUGACUUGCAGAUGACCCCUAUUGAUUUUGAGGUCACUAGGUCCAAGGUCACGGUGACCCGAAAUAGUAAAAUGAUUUCCGGAUGAUAACUCAAGAACGCAUACGCCUAAGAUCAUGAAACUUCAUGGGUAGAUUGAUCAUGACUCGCAGAUGACCCCUAUUGAUUUUGGGGUCACUAGGUCAAAGGUCAAGGUCACAGUGACCCGAAAUAGUAGAAUGGUUUUCGGAUGAUAACUCAAGAAAGCAUACGCCUAGGAUCAUGAAACUUCAUAGGUAGAUUGAUCAUGACUUGCAGAUGACCCCUAUUGAUUUUCAGGUCACAAGGUCAAGGUCACGGUUACCCGAAAUAGUAAAAUGAUUUUCGGAUGAUAACUCAAGAACGCUUUUGCCUAGGAUCAUGACACUUCAUAGGUACAUUGAUCUUGACCCGCAGAUGACCCCUAUUGGUUUUCAGGUCACUAGGUCAAAGGUCAAGGUCACAGUGACAAAAAUCGUAUUCACACAAUGGCUGCCACUACAACGGACAGCCCAUAUGGGGGGCAUGCAUGUUUUACAAACAGCCCUUGUCAUGUAUGUAUUUUGUCGUUGAGUUUAAGUGCGACAGCCUAAGCACAAGAUUCUCAUGGUGAUCUUUUGUUUGUCAUCGUUGUUUAACAUUUUCCAUUGAGCAUUACAAGUUUUUUUUUGGUAUUCCAUUUUUUAUUUCCAUCGUAAUAUAUUUAUUGAGCAUUACAAGUUGCAUUUAUUGCCUAAUGAUUUAACUGUGGCAACAGAAGUCAAAAUGAUAUUAUAAAAAUGUGAACACAAAAAUAAAACUUGAACACUA